UGAUGCAAACCGCCUGCGUGAAGAUGGUGGCGAACAGCCUUUUCAAGUGCUGCGCCUUCUUAAAGUUCACGAUCACCUGGAACAGAAAGAAAUUGUGGCCAAGGUACGAGUAGGCAAGAGAAGCAUCUACCGGAUUGCUGAACUCCACAAGCUGCCAAUAAACAGGAAAGCGCUAUGGGCAAUUGACAGUAAAUUGCAAGAAUGCACAUUGGCAACUGUUGGUCUCUAUGGAAACAAAGAACGGAUGAUCCGUUGGCUACAACUGCGCCUUUCACUUGAGCCAGCAGCUGUGAGCAAGAUCAGAGAUGGAAAGCCAGGCAUAUAUUGCCUGAACAACGGUGGUAAUAUCCAGUACUUGGUGUUCAAUGCACCGGAGGAUGCAUUUUCCUCAAUCUCACGCAAGAACAUCAGCUGCCUUUUGGUUCGCUGUCUGGUGGAACUCUGCAGACCGCUGCUUGUCUUCUACGACAAAGAUGAGCUCUCUUCUUUCAAAGUACUACCCAACUUUGGACAAGCAGAUCAUCAAGAGCGGAUGUUUCCGGCAAUUAUAACACGUUUAACAGGAGAAAAGACGAACAUUUCAGUGAAAUCAGGCUUUCAAGUGGAUGUGUCACAAGUUGUUCCACGACUGGAUGGAUGUGAUGCUGGCCUUUGCCAGAACUGCAGUGCUAUUGGCUGCUUUCAUGCUAGCAAGCAUAUGGCAGGCAAAAAGAAGUAUGGAAAAAUGCAGACGAAAACUAUUACCAACCCUAUCAAGCAGCCUCUCCAAGACUUGUUUGAGAAAAUGAAAGUCGCAUGUCAUCAAUCGCACUAUGGUGAGGAUCUUUGUUUCUCGAAAGAUGAUUUUCUGGAGGCAACACAGCAACUCCACUUUGAUCUUACUUCAGUACAGUCAAUUGCAGAUGAUCCACAGCAGGUUAGCCUUGACCAGAAGAUGCACUCCACGGCAAAGUUGUAUAUCCUCGAGAAUUGUCAUCUUGCUUGCCACUUUCUCUCUGGCAUUGAACAUCUGACUGAGGAAAGGGCAACGUUGGAAAAGCACCAGUCAGAUGUGUUUGAAUACAUUGGCCAGCAUGCUAAGGAUGCUAAGGAUGAGUCGAAAAAUCGCCGGAAAACUGAGGAACUUUUGCAGCAGGCUGUGUCCCCACUUAAGAAUAUGGACGCUGCGUAUGGCUGGUGCUUGCAGCAGAUUCAGGACUCAACCUCGGUGACGGGAGAAAAACUUCAAGCUAUGACCAGAUUCAUCUUGGUAUCGGGGAAACAAGAUCAGCUGACCAAGCAACUACAACUGGCCAGUGUCAUUGGCGAACGUGAUUAUGACAAGGUGUCUCUAGAAGCUGCUUUGAAAACCUCCAGCCAAACAAGCCACUAUGAUGAAAAAUCUCCCCUCGCAGCUGUCUUUAAAGAUACUGCCUGCCAAGAGGUUGCCAUGGACUGCCUGACCCAACUAGUCAACGUCUUAAGAAAGAAACCUCAACCAAAGCAGAUGGCUAAAGCAAACAUGCUAUCAAGAAUUGCACCUUCAUGGAAAAGCGUGGCCGCAACUCAAGCCAAAUCAAGAGGUCAACAGACUGACACGCAGCACACUCCUGCUGAAGAGAAGAUGGAACUUGUCCGACUUGCCGCAGAGCAAGUCAAGCUUCAUAUUAAUCCACCUCCGGACUUGAAUGUUUGCUUCAAAAGGAUGGCUUUCAACAAAACGGACAUGACUUUGACAGUCAAGUACAAAAUGCAGCUGCAACCUACCUGUGAACGUCUUCAUUCCUUGUACUCACUGGAACUACAUGGAGACGAGUUGGAGCAUGUAGAUCAAGAUCCCGACUAUCUACCAUCUGCCGACAUUAAGAUUCGACAGGCAAAUGUGCCUUUGCAAGAGGAAGAAAACUUGCUAUUUAUCACAGUUCUCAAGACGGGAAAGCCAUUGGUGGUAAUUCAAGAGGCCGGAAAGCAGACUUAUGGAAUGUAUUUACUCCCCGCUAAUGAUGUUUCUUACACAGCUUUGCCUCCACCUGUUAUCACAUUGAAGAGGGCCAUCAACAUGUUGGAUCUUGAUGAAACGUCACGUCUCAUGGUGAUGCAUCUACCUCGUUCUGGAGAGGUUCAGUUUUAUUCUUUUGGGAAGGAUUUCUCAUCAGCCAAGAGCUAUGGAAUGAUCAAAUAUCAAGGUCAAGCGAUGGGUACAUCAUUGAAGCAACUACGGCUAUCGUGUAAUUCUAUGGCUAAUGCCAGUAAUGGUCAAGUGGUGUGCUUACUGUUUGAUAAUCACACGUGUCUUAUCUACGAUGUUGAGGCUGAGAGACCGGAGCUAAGACCGAAUCGCAUUAAAGAACUCCCCACUGUCAAAGCAUCACUGAUCACUCCAGAAGGUUCACAUCUAAUUAUUGCCACUACUGAUCCAGAAAAACAACGUGGAAUGUCUGCUGCAACAAGCGUUGCACCCAUGUCCACGGAGUCAGAGCCAUCGGCAUCCUACAUCUAUAUCUAUUCUCUGGCAACAGCAGACUUGGUGAAAACUCUACGUAUCGAAUCAUCCAUGAUGCCACCCAAAUGCCUGGAAAGUUUGCAGUUCAUGCUGAUUGGUUGUCAGACUUACUUGGCUGCUUUUGAUCCUGAAGCUAAUGUAAUCCGACUUUGUUUGACAUCGCUACGAGGUGCCGCCGCAACCAUCGAGACAAACUACUAUGGUGAAAGGCCGUCUCCAUCAAAAACAGCCAAGUGCCAGAGGCCAUGGAACUACCUGGAUUACUUCCACUUCAUCUAUGAGAAAUUCAGCAUAGAAGACUACUUCGCAUUUUGCAGAAGACGGGUAGAUAUCUGUUGCAUCACACAUGAUGACGCUGAAGAUCAAUUUGAUUCACGCUUGUGCAGCGACUAUGUGGACAAUAUUCUGGAUGGCCUCGAUUCCUCAACUCGUAAGCCCCGGGUGAACUUCAGGCUCACUCCGUGGUGUCUAACAUUCUCUUCGAGUUUGAAUGCACAGCUUGCCUGGACGGGUAUGAGUGUGUCUAGCUGGCUAUGGCGCGUUGCCAGCCUUGUACCAGUCCAAAUUGCACGCGUUGAAGCCAACAAAAUCUGUAUUCUGGAGACUGACCAAGACAGUGACACAGUCAUAGCGACUCGUGACCCGGUAAAAUCCAGGCAGGCAAUCGCAUUUGGACUCUAUGAAGACAUGCUCAAGACUUGGCAUGGCAAAGUCAAAGUCUUGUCAAGCAUGGGAAAACAGACCACUGGAAAGAGUUAUUUUCUCAAUCACGCCACUGGAUCUAUGUUUGACAUCUCUGGACAUCGCUGUACAAAAGGAAUAUGGAUGACAAUGCGCCCACUUGAUGGUUGUCUUUAUGUCAUCCUUGACUUUGAGGGCCUUGGAUCUGUAGAGCGCGAUGCCCAAGAGGACAUUCUUCUGUCAGUGACCAAUGCUACUAUCAGCAGUAUGACAGUGUUCAAGACAGAGAUGGCCUUCUACAAGGAAACAGCAGAAAUGUUCAAGGCUUUCAAGAGAGGAGCACAUCUUAUUGAGGGCCAGGAACUACUUCGUGGAUGGUUCUAUGUCAAUGUUAAAGAUGUGAAAUCCGAAGAUUGUCUGGAGGUUUGCAAGGAGAUUGAGACAAAGAUUGAUCAGAUAUGCGCUCAAGAUUCAGACAACUUUCUCGGGAAGUUGUAUCGAUAUCAGCGAGUUGUACACAUUUUCCCGCCUUUCCAAGAGUCCCAGUUCUAUUCUGAAUUGAAAAAAGCAACCAUCUACUUAAAAUCGGACAAAGUGCCAGACUUCAGCAGUGGACCAGGUUUUCUGGAUAUCUUCAAGACUGUUCUGGCGAAUGUUCAUUGUGGUGUGUGGGGAAACAUCAGGGAAACACAAAUCCGUCAACGGCGGGACGAAAUCCGGCAACAUCUGACCAAGGCGGUGGCUGAUGGUGUUCUCGAGAAGGGUAAAGGCACUGCACCCCUGCGACUUGCUGAUGGAAGUGAAGUACCUGAUGAACCUCUUGUCUUGAGUUUUGCUACUGAGACAGUUUGUGAUUUCCCAGAUAAAAACAUCUCAUUUCAGCAAGGGAAACGCCUCCAAGAAUUGAUUGUCUCUCUGCGCAAGAAAUUUGUGAAGAUCCACCAAGCCCGCUCAGACGCUGAUGAUGUAAAUGACUGGACAACAAAAUUCCAGGGAUUCCUGACUGCCGUAUGUCAGCGUCGAGAGCAUCGUGUGAAGGAAUGGGCAUGGAAUAUGCUUGGAAGUAUUGAAGAUAUCAAGAUUGACGAGCUGCGGCAACAAGUCAUCAGUGCCUUGCUGAAAAAUGAGUUGACACUGUGUGGACAAGUAUGUGGGGCAAGUGGAUGUCAGUAUCCAUGCCUGCUGCAGAGACAUCAUGCCACUGGUCUUCACAAUUGCCUUGGAGAUCAUAAGUGCCACCGGCAGUGUGAAUAUUGUGACACUAUGGAGCGGGCACAGUGUGCAUAUCCGGCUGGACAUCAAGGAUCAGUUCAUAACUGCUGUCAACACAAAUGUACCCAGCCAUGCACCUUGGUGAAAAUGACAAAGUGUAAACAAUGGUGCAUGAAGAAGCGCCACCCUGAGGAUGAGGAGCACGACUGUGGUGAAGAACAUGUGUGCAGUGAGACAUGCGAUGCAGCCCAUUGCAAUGAUAGGUGCACUGUACCUGUCAAAUCUCUUCACGACGUAAGCAGCCACCGCCAUGACUGUGAUGCAAAGAUUUGCAAACACCCGUGCCGGAUGCACGCCAAGAAUGCAUGUGAAAGGACGUGUAGGUCUCGAGAUCAUUUCCAUGCUGCUGAGCAUCUCUGUGGCAGGAGCCAUGCAUGUCCUGAAGAUUGCAAUGCCGCAAACUUUUGUUAUGAAGAAUCUGUUGGGCGCAAAGUUGAUGAGAACCUGGAGUUUGUUGACAGCGGUGGCCGUGAUGUUCUCGCUGGAGUGGGCGGUCGAUACAAGUGCGGCAUUCGAAUCCCAUGUGAUCAAAUGGAACAUGUUAAUCCUAAUGAGCAUCAUUGUGGUGAGAAUGGCCAAAGCAACCGUGUACACAUCUGCGGUGAACCUUGUCCAAUGUGUUCCAAACUAUGCACGUUACCAGGCGAGCACAGUGGGAGGCACGAUGCAAAUCAUGGCUUCAUGUGGAGGACCAUUAUGGCAUCAGCGACUGCUAGUUUCAACAUUGACGAUGAGGAAUUCAGCCAAGGACAGCGUGGAACAGAAAACCUGAUGUGUCACACCUGCUGUGUGAAGCUUGGUCGAGGCCACACUCACCUGGUGGAAUGUGGAACCGUUGCCAGUGCCAGAGGUGUUUGCUCUGGAAAUCAAUCAGAAGGCAGACGACACUGCCAUGACUAUGUCAAGAUUGGCGAUGAAGACGACAUCCCGAAAGAUGAGCUUACUCAUGAUGAAUUCUGGAAACAUAUCAACUUCAUUGAUCGUACAUCACGGCAUGAUCAAGAGAACUUUGGGAAGUGCCACUACAGGUGUGCAUCGAACAAUCAUGAGAGUGUUGAAUUCUGCACCAAAAACCUCUGGCAUGGCAGUUCAGAACAAGAUGACAGCAGGCUGGAGGGGCAUGAGUUCAGAUGCAGGCAUGAUCCGUUCCACCAUGUACUGCUUUUAGACACCUCUUUGUCCAUGGAAAAUACCGACAUGCAACCUGAAGAUUCUGGAAUUGCUGCUUCCCAUCCGAAUCGACUCGGAGCAGCUUUGCAUUCCAUCAUUCACUAUGUGGAAAGCAGGUUCCGUUAUCCAAACCGAGAUUUCCUCUCAAUCAUCCCAUUCAACCACAAGCCUGGAACAACAAUAGAGCAAAGAGGUGAAGAAUUUGACUUGGAAACACUGCGUGAAGAACUAAAGAAACUGAGAGUUUAUGGAACUACAUCCUUCAACAGGGCAUUUAAAGCAGCGUUUCAGGCGAUUAAUGGUGCCGAGGAAGGUUCCCGUUAUCAUCCGGUCAUUGUGUUCCUCACCGAUGGGCAAGACAAGUUUGACAUGAAGAUUCUCACGAAAUUCCUCAACCACCGCCAAACCCACGAACUACCAGCAGUGAUGCUGCAUGCUAUUCACAUCACUGCUGUACCUGACAAUACCUCGUCAAUUUUGACACAAAUGGUGGAACUGGUUGAAGCAGCUUUUCCUUCAAGUGAGCUAUCAAGAGAGAGCUCCUACCGAACAGUGGAAACUGCUCCUGACCUUCUGAACCAUUACCAUAAACUAUCCAUGACGCUCAAGAAACAAGGUGGCUUCAUGACUGGUGACAUUCUCAAACGUCCAGGAAGCCACCGUCCCAGAGUUUCAGACGACCACUGAGUAUGUCCAGGUACUGUUAUGAGAAAGUACAAGGUGAACGAAGUGUC